UAGGUUGAAGAAACUGAUUUAUUUCUUGAUGGGAAGAAAAAUCUUGUUUAGCUUUUCAGUUGUUUUCUUGUGCGUUGGAUUUUCACUCACUUUGGACCAGAUACUCGCCAGGAAGAAUGUAAGUUUUCGAACAUCUUCAAAUAAAGAAGUGGCUAUAAACAGUGAUGAUCAAGAUACUGGGGAUAUAAAGCCAGCCCAGAAUUUCACAUCAAAACCAAUCACACAGGCUCUCGACUAUACUCUGAGCAAACAUUUAGGAAAAGAACCUUGGAAAACAUUCAGCCAUCACAGUCCACUUAAUGUCUCUGCUCAUGGAAUUCCCUGCAUUCUAUUCUGGACCAAAAGAAUAACAGUUAAAUUUAAGAACCAGACCUGGCUGGACCUCACCGAUGAAACAUUUGGCCAGGAGGCAACAGUGGACGUAGUCAACUCGAAUUGCAGGGAAGAAAGUGCCACGCUGUCUCUGAAGUUUGGUGAUGGUGAAAAUCACAAAGUCUUUGAUGUAAGAUUCCUUCUUACCAAUUACAACAGGUUAUCUGUCCAGAGUUGGUUUAGUUUGCACCAAGUCGAGAUUAUCUUCAAUAACUCAGUCCAAGCAACUUUUAAUGCAAGCGGCAUCUCUGCUCCGGCUACUUACUCCUACCACUGCCAGCACGUCAGCACCCUGCAGCGACAUGACGCCCUCCUGGUGCCCAGCGACCAGGAGCAUGGCUCGGGCCUGUGGGAGGUCACUUUUGUUGACUUCCAGAUCCAAGGCUUUUCCAUCCGGGGGUCAGAGUUUGCCAAGGCCAGAGACUGCGCCUCGUCCCGCUCACCAGCCGUUCUGAUCGGCCUGGCGAUGUCGCUGAUCUUGCUGCUGGUGCUGGCCUCAGCGCUGCACACCCUAAUCCACCUGCGGAAUCUUGACCGGCACUACGACUUCAUCGCCUCUCCUGCCCACUUCUCGCAGUUGAAACGGAGAGACGUAGCGGAGGAGAAGGGAUUGCUGCAGAGCCAGGGAGUUGAAUGCUAUGAACUGAGAAGCCACCAGAUUUGCAAAAUUUACGUUUAACGGCACACGUCUAUGUCCUUCCCGGCAUCCCUAGUGGAGGUGUGCACUCGAUGCUGGCGCCAGAGACUUGGUUUUGACAGCAAUGGCAACAGAGGCUCCAAUGCAGACAGAAUUGCUUUUGAAGUAUCCAUUGGGUUAUUGAGAGGGACACAAGGCAGUGAGAAAACAUUCUGGCUACUCUGCAGAAAUUAAAAAAGAAAAGAAAAAAUUGUUUCCUUAAAUCUAGGUCCAAACCCACGGCCAUCAAGUCCAAUCGGAUUCAUCGUGACCGUGUGUAGGGUUUUUCAGGCAGAGCAUCUUUAUGGGAGUAGUGAGCCUCAUCUUUCUCCCUCAGAGUAGCUGGUGGGUUUGAAAUGACUACUGUGCAGGUAUCAGUCCAAGGAUUACCUGGCAUUCGUUUCAAACCUACCUUGAAAACAAAAGGAUGCCUCAUGUUACUCUGACUCCUGGCGGCCCCACGUGUGCCAGAGGAGACCUGGGCCCCAUCAGGUUUUUAGGGGCUGAUUGUUCAGAAGUAGAUCACCAGGCCUUUCUUCCACAGUGCAGCUGGGUGGACUCCAACUGCCAACCUUUCUGUUACCAGUUGAACAUACUACCUGUUGCACCACCCAGGGAGUCCUUGUUUCAAGUAAUGGGAACCUGGUCCUUCCCCGGAUGGUGUGUUCACUCUGCAACCAACCAAACGCUAAGACUACAAGGUGAUGUAGUGGCGGGAAAGCACACACAGUUGGUUCCCCAUGCAUAUGCCAAUUCCCAUGUCCUGAGUGUAGAAAUAAGCCCAAGUUUAUCUAAAAAUUCAGAAUUAAAAAUACCAUGUAACCUCAUUUGCAUUCAGGAACUAUCUCCCAAUUUUAUUUUAAAAUUAAAAGAAAUUAUUCUUUCUUUUCCACAUGGCUGUUUAGGGAGCACUCCUGUUCAAUACUGUAGAGCGUUCUCCUUAGGGAUCGCCUCGUUAGUCACUUUGCCGUGCACAGGUCACCCAGCCUGAUCUGCGAAGUUGGGGUAGUGAUCUCGGUGGAAUCCUACCUUUCCCAUCGGAUGGCUGUGCUAUGAAUUGCCUGAUUUCUCUGCUUUAGACCUUCAUAACCUCCAUCAGCUGCCACUCAAAAUAAACAAUUGAAUUUUCUAUGAAUAGUGCGUUCGCUAUGCAAUCACAGUUUCUGGGCAAGUCCCCUAAUCCUCCUUCCAAUGAGAUAGUGUCCCUGAGAGUCUCGCUUCAUAGAAAGCUUGGGGCCCCCGGGGUUCUUUCUACGAACCUGUCCUCAAUCUUCUAUGGAUUUCCCCACUCCCCUCUGUGUUUCUGAUAGAUACUGAAUGUUGUCUCCCUCUGCAUCCUCACCAAAUCUCUAACAAGCAUUCUGUGUUUAAGAGCACUUGAACUUGAAAAGCAUGUUACAUUUUCCUUACCAGGUCUCUACACAUGACCGAGGUUCUCCUAAGAAGAACAACACUUGCAAGCACUUAGAAUGAAUACAGACUGAACGAUAAGGGUGGGAGUGGGAGGUCAAUCUUCUGAGUUGCUGCGGUGAUAGGAUAAGACAUUGUUUAGCCUUGUAUUUUAGGUAUCAAAUGGUGAAUGGCAAUGAGUGGGGUUUGCGCUGGAGUCUCGUGUUGGGCAUUACUCUAUUCUUGGCUAUGCUGUAGGUUUGGAUCUAGCCCUUUCAGA